AUGGCGCAAGCCCCCUCCACAACCAACCCCUCCUACUUCACCGGCCUCGACACCUGGUCCGCUUCCGGCGCGAGUUCGACACGACAGGAGGUCAGCGGGGAGUAUGCGCGUGUCAGCGAGGGGGGCACGACCGUGUGGGAUCCGCCGCCGCCUUAUCGGUAUUCCACAUCUACAGCACCUGGAGAAGGGGGAGGUGGAGUGGCUCCGCGGUAUUCGGGCGGGCAAGUAAGCGGAGGGAUGGGGACGGGGUUUGUGGUGGAGCGGAGUCCGUUCGAUGAUCCGGAGGAUGGGGAUGAGCAUGGGGGUGUGGGUGAUGGGGUGGUGGAUGGCCACGUGCAGGGACAAGAGCGGGGUUAUGGAAGGGGAUAUGCGAGUGGAGAUUUUGGAGGCGGGGAAGAUGAUGGCGGGAGUCACGAUGGGAGGAGUUAUGAAGGCGAAGACAACGGAAGGGGUAGGGAUUUCGACGCGGAUGAUGAUGAUGAUGCGCUACGAGAUCCUUUCGCGGACGCGCACAGCGCGGGCGUUAGUCCGGUGGAGGAGGGGACGCUGGACUUCAGCACGUACGGGAGCCGACGGCCUGUGAGUCGGGGGAGCUGGGAAGAAGACGGAAGAUGA